AUGUGCUCCAUGGCGAACUUGAGCCGUGGUGCUCUCAACACAGCCCUGCUGCUCGUGCUGCUCGGCGUGCAAAUAAUUUAUGUGGAUUAUGCUCGUGCGGAUUAUGAGAACACUUGGAAUUUAUAUUACGAGCCACCGUGUUGCACGGGCACAGCUGUUGGCCAUCACUUGCGGCACCACAAAGAGCACGUCAAGGACUUUAGCUGUGGGCCGUUGCACUACAAAACAUUCUAUGUGGAUGAACGCACCAAUGCGCUCUAUGUGGGCGCAAUGGAUCGCAUAUUUCGUCUCAAUCUUCGCAACAUAAGUCAAUCUAUUUGUGAGCGCGAUGUCUUAAUUCUUGAACCCACCGGGUCCGAUAUACUUAACUGCGUGUCCAAGGGCAAGCGUGAGAAGGUGGAAUGCCGCAAUCACAUACGCGUCAUACAGCCCAUGAACUUCAACGGCCAUCGGCUCUACGUCUGCGGCACCAAUGCGCACAAUCCGAAGGACAUUGUAAUAAAUGCAAACUUAACACAUUUACCCAGAUCCCAGUACGUGCCAGGCAUCGGUUUGGGCAUUGGCAAGUGUCCCUACGAUCCCGCUGACAACUCAACCGCCGUCUAUGUGGAAACCGGAAAUCCCUUCGGCUUGCCCGCGCUGUAUGCCGGCACCAAUGCAGAGUUCACCAAGGCCGAUUCGGUAAUAUUUAGAUCGGACCUAUAUAACUUUACAAAUGGUCGCAAGGAGGCCAAUUUCAAGCGCACCGUCAAAUACGAUUCCAAGCUGCUGGACAAGCCCAACUUCGUGGGCAGCUUUGAUAUCGGCGACUUCGUCUACUUCUUCUUUCGUGAGCAUGCUGUGGAGUACAUCAAUUGUGGCAAGGCGGUCUAUUCGCGAGUGGCCCGCGUGUGCAAGAACGAUCGCGGGGGCAAGUAUAUGAUCAGCCAGAACUGGGCCACCUACCUGAAGGCCCGGAUGAACUGCAGCAUAUCGAGCGAGUUCCCCUUCUACUUCAAUGAGAUUCAGUCAGUGUACAAGAUGCCCAAUGACGACUCCAAGUUCUACGCCACAUUCACGACCAACACCAAUGGACUGAUUGGCUCCGCGGUCUGCAGCUACGAUAUACGCGACAUCAAUGCAGCCUUCGACGGGAAAUUCAAGGAGCAAGCCACCUCGAACAGCGCCUGGCUGCCGGUGCUCAACUCAAAGGUGCCCGACCCACGGCCAGGCACUUGCCACAACGACACCGCAACUCUGCCGGACUCCGUGCUGAACUUCAUUCGGAAGCAUCCGCUAAUGGACAAGGCGGUCGAUCAUGAAUUUGGCAAUCCAGUCUUCUACAAGCGCGACGUCAUCCUCACACGCCUCGUCGUGGACAAAAUACGCAUCGACAAGCUAAAUCAGGAGUUUCUGGUGUACUUCGUCGCCACCAGUACAGGUCAUAUCUACAAGAUUGUGCAGUUCAUGCGCUAUGGCCAGCGGCAUUCCAAUCUCAUAGACAUAUUCGAGGCCUCACCACGAAACGAGCCCAUUCGGGAGCUGACGCUGAGUCAAAAGACGGGAUCCCUCUAUCUGGCGACCGAUCAUCAAGUAAAACAAAUUGAUUUGGCCAUGUGUGCCCGUCGCUAUGACAGCUGUUUCCGAUGCGUUGCCGAUCCCUAUUGUGGCUGGGACAAGGAGGUCAAUGCCUGCCGACCUUACCAGCUGGGCCUGCUGCAAGACGUGGCCAACGAGACGUCGGGCAUAUGCGACACGAGUGUGCUGCGCAAGCGCGUGACCUCAUCCUAUGGCCAGACCUUGCACCUAUCCUGCUUUGUGAAGAUGCCCGAGGUUUUGCGGAAAAAGCAGACACGUUGGUAUCAUCACUCUACGGAGAAAGGACGUUACGAAGUGCGCUACACUCCAACCAAAUACAUUGAGACCAAUGAGGGUGGACUCGUCCUGCUGGCCGUCAACGAGGGCGAUGGCGGUCGCUAUGAUAGUUACCUGGAUGGCACCCUUCUCUGCAGCUAUGGCGUCACUGUGGAUGCGCACAGGUGUUCGCCGCCCUCUCAGAAACAGGAUUAUCAAAAGAUUUACUCGCAUUGGUGCAAUGAGUUUGAAAAAUAUAAGACGGCCAUGAAGCUCUGGCAAUCCAAGCAGGAGCAGUGCGGCCUGAAGGACAAAAAUGCGCCAGCGGUUGCUGCCAAAAAUGGCAAACAUGUUAACGAUGUGUACAGCAACGACGCAGUGGUCUGACCUCUAAAGAGAGACAAGAGCAACGACUAAGAUGUGUAAACACCCAGAAAAGUGACAUGAGCCGAGCAACCAACUACUAAAGACUGAAAUUUUUAAGCUUUUGAAAGACAAUAUUUCCAUAUAUUUUCAAUGUGUUUGCUUCAUUUACAAAAAUUGUUUAAUGCUUAGGAUGCUUUUGGUUUGGCUUAGAAUUAUCUAAGGACUUGAGUUCAAGUUUGAAAUCUGCAACAAUUGUAUGUAUAUGUAUAUUAAAUGUAUAAAGAUCAAAUUAUUUCAGCAACUUAACAGCAUGAACUUAGCAUUACUAACCAAUAUAUACGUUUGUAUGUGUAAAUGCAAAUGCAAGUGAAAGAAACAAGUAAACAUGAAAAGUUACUAACGAAAGGAUCCUGCCAUAAUGAGAAUGGAAAAAAUACGGUUUUAAACACAACUCACUGAGAGUCUCUAUUUCUUCAGAAUGUAAUAUGCGAUAUUUUAGCAACUGCCUAGAUAUAUGCUAAAGAAUGCACGACUACGAGUAUUUUAAAAUCCAAAACAGGAACCACCUAAAUUAAUCAAGUGUUGGCAAAAUGAUGGCUAAAAGACGUAUCGCUCAAAGCCAUUCAAGCGAAGAAACUAUCGUGCCAGCAACAGCAAUUAAAAUCACAAAAAUUAAACAACAAAAACAUCAACACCACCACCACCACAACCACCACCAUCAUAAAACAAAACUUACAAACAAAACCGAAAACUUUGCGUUUGUAUUUCACACUCGAUGUUUGUUCGUGUUUGUGUUUGGAAUUUAGAUUUGGUUUUUGGUUUAGUUUUGUGUCGAUGCGUGAGCGCUUGAAUCUAUAUAAGGAGUAGGUGUAUCUGAAUAAUGUACCAAUACAAAUACACCGUCUCGUCGGUUGGCCAUGGGAAAAGAUCUUAAACGAAUUUGUAUAUUAACUAGCAAUAUUUGUUUAAUAAAUACAUAUAUUAAAGUAUAGCUAUAAGCCGUAGAUAUUGUGUGUACUAACUAACUACGAUUAACUUAAAAACAAAAAACAGUAUACAAAUAAAGAGUUUGGAGUAUAUUUAUAAGAUAUGGAACCAAAAUUUCAAAUUUUCUUGAUUACAUAUUACAUUGAAGGCAUUUACAUACGAAUCGAAGGAAGGUAAAUAUAGUUAGACUAGCUUAAGAGUUAAGGCAUUUGUACAGUACUAGAUUAGUUUUU